CUCUCCGCAACACUCAGAGACUCUCCGCAACACUCAGAGACUCUCAAAAGUCUCGCCUCGGAAAAGCCGGCCGUGUUUUCUUUCCGUUGUAUAAACCUCAAGGUGAGUCGCCAAACUGGUUAUAGGAUCUUCUCCGGCGAUUGUAUCCACCAUGAAAAUCGUAACGAGUUUCACUGCUGCUUCAAUCUAUUUUGGGGAGUUACCAAGGAGGAUCAUAUACCCAAGAGAAGUGUUUUGAUCACAACCCGCGUAUUUUCAGAGACACACGACAAAAUAUGAGUGAGAUCGUCAUCUUUACGUGUUGAUUGCUCUCUCUCUAUCGUAAGAUUUAUCUGGCCUGUGUUUGAUAGAUUCUGUGUUUGAUGCUUUUGUAAACACUAAUGCCCACCAACUGUUCGACGUAAUGCUUAGCUGGGUUUCUUUAUUACUCUCUUUCUUGUAGAAAUACCUCAUUUUAAAAAUAAUGGGAAGCACCAAAGUUGAAGAUGUUCAAGUGGUCAAAAGAAAUCACGCCUUCACAGGUUAUCAAACUGAUGAGAGCUGAAAAGGACGUGGAAAAGUUAAUUUUGGUUUUCGACUCCGCAGCGGCAGAAUACGCAAACGGGUUCUUACACGACGAGAGCUCUUUUGGUUACAUGGUCUCGAGGUUUGUGAAGGUAUUGCUUUCCAUAUGCAGAGGUUACGGUAGGGUUCACAGGCUGUUUGAUUCUUUGAGGGUUUUUCACAAGAUGAAGAAUUUUGACUGUGAUCCUACCCACAAGGGUUACGUUACUCUUCUUGCGAUUCUCUUGGAAGAAAAUCAGUUAAAGUUGGCUUUUAAGUUUUACAAGAAUAUGAGAGAAAUUGGUUUGCCUCCUACCGUUGCGUCUCUCAAUGUUCUGAUCAAAGCCCUCUGCAGAAAUGAGAAGACGGUGGAUGCUGGUGUUAAUAUAUUGCUUGAAAUGCCUAAACGAGGGUGUGAUCCGGAUUCUUAUACGUAUGGAACCUUGAUUAGUGGUUUGUGUCGGUUCGGGAGGAUAGAUGAGGCGAAAUUGUUUGAGGAGAUGGUUGUGAAAGAUUGUUCACCAACUGCUGUAACCUAUACUUCUAUGAUCCACGGUUUCUGUGGAUCGAAAAAUGUUGAGGAAGCGUUGAGAUAUCUAGAAGAGAUGAAAAGUAAUAGCAUUGAGCCGAAUGUUUUCACUUACAGUUCUUUAAUGGACGGUCUUUGCAAAGAUGGACGAGCUUUGCAAGCCAUUGAGUUAUUUGAGAUGAUGAUGGCUAGAGGAUGUAGGCCAAACAUAGUAACCUACAACACUCUGAUCACCGGUCUCUGCAAGGAGGGAAAGAUUCAAGAAGCGAUUGAGCUUUUCGAUAGAAUUAAUCUUCAGGGUUUGAAGCCUAAUGCUGGGUUAUAUGGGAAAAUAAUCAGUGGGUUCUUUGCUGUCAGUAAGUUUCGUGAAGCUGUCAACUUCCUCGACGAGAUGAUUCUUGGAGGAAUAACUCCGAAUCGGUUAACUUGGAACAUCCGUGUUAGGACAAGUAAUGAAGUAGUCCGAGGUCUUUGUACAAGUUAUCCAACUCGCGCAUUUACACUCUAUCUAAGCAUGAGGAGUAGAGGCAUCUCGGUUGAGGUUGAGACAUUAGAUUCUUUGGUGAAGUGUUUGUGCAAAAAGGGUGAGUUUCAGAAAGCGGUUCAGUUAGUUAACGAGAUUGUGGCUGAUGGGUGUAUUCCAAAUAAAGGAACAUGGAAGGUUCUUAUAGGUCACACAUUGGAUAAAACGAUGGUUGGAGAAGCUUCAGAAUAUCUUCUCAGAGAUUUAGGGAUUUAAAUAAAAGGAAGAUUAGAUGAAGACAGCCGAAACAAACAUGUGGUAACAGUUGACCACAUUCUGAUCAAAUAUAACCACGGUUCCAAACACCAAAACGUCAUAAUGGCAUGUGCAAAGUGUAUAAACUGUAGUCGUUAGUGUUUGGAACGUUCUUUAGGAAGAGCAGCUUUGCCAUUGAUUAUCUAAAAACCAUUGGUUGUGGCAAGUCCAUACCAAACAGUUCCAUUCAAGUUCCUGUAAGAAUCAGUGAAGCUAAGUGUAAAGCAAACGAAUUGACCCUUAGCUAGAUAAGUUGUGGUCUUAAAAGUCUGACCUAUAGCCUUCAACAGUGGAAGUUUCUCUUGUUUGAUCGUGCCACCAGCACCAUUGAUCCCCCGCUUCUUCAUCAACCUUAAUAUCCAUAACACAAAGUCCAAAUUCCUUUUUCUUUUCUUUGUUUUUUUUUUAGAAUGCUGUGUUGUUUCUCUGUUUUGAGUAAAUGCUCUCUUAGGAUAGUUGGUAUAGUACCGGUUAUAGUUGGUUAAGCAUUAACUCGGUUUACUUGUAUAUACCGGCUUAGUAUAUAAGCGUGUAAUUUA